UUGGUUAGGUAAAUAACCUCUUCCUGUUACGAAAGUUGUAUUUGUAAACACAGCUGUUGUUCUCGACAUUUUAUCAGUCGUCAGGCCGUCUUUACAGAUGUGGAGGGUUCGUAAUUGAAGUACACGACGGCAGCAGAUGCAGCAGGGUGGCCCUUCAUCUCCCAGCUGCCCCUCCAACUCAGACUGCUUCCCCCUCAGCCGCCUCAAUACAGCCAAAUGUGGAAGUGAGACCUCAGCUGAACAAGAGAAACACGAACCCACAGAUCUGUCCAGGAUGAGGUCCAUCAUGAUCUUCUACAUGUGCUACCUGUUGUGCCUUGGCCUGGGCCUGGCCUGCGUGGUGUGUGUGUGCGUCUGGAACAGCCAGUGGCGCGGCGGGUUCGCCUGGGACAGCAAGGCCCGGCAGUUCAACUGGCACCCGGUCCUGAUGGUCACAGGUCUGGUUGUGGUGUACGGCAUCGGAGCUGUGUUGUACCGCAUCCCCCUGACCUGGGGUCAGAAUAAACUCCCCUGGAAACUCCUUCAUGCUGCACUGAUGCUCAUCGCCCUGGUCCUGUCGAUCGUGGGACUUUGUGCUGUGUUUGACUUCCACAAUGCCAACAACAUUCCUAACCUUUACUCUUUGCACAGCUGGAUUGGAAUUGCUGCCACAGCCCUUUUCGCCAUACAGUGGGUGGUGGGUGUGGCUGGCUUCCUCCUGCCCUGCUCCCCCAUAUCACUACGUAAACUCCUGAAACCCGUGCAUGUGUGGAUGGGAGGCAGCAUAUUGUGGCUCAGCAUCGCUGCCUGCAUCUCUGGAAUUAACGAGAAACUCUUCUUUGUUCUUAAAGGAACCGCCAAUGGAACUCAGCCAUACUCUAAACUUCCACCUGAGGCUUUGUUAGGAAAUUCAUUAGGAGUUUUGAUUGUAGCCUUCGGUUUGGUCGUUCUAAAGAUUUUGUCCAACCAUAACUGGCAGAGACCGGACUCUCGGCCUGAGGAUCUGGCUUACACGCCAUUGCUUCAAGAGGAAAAUGAAUGAAUUAAGGAAAUUUUAAAACUUGCUCACUGCAUGACACCCAGCCAUGCAAAAUCAGGUCAACCACCAGAAGAGGCCAAGAAAUUUCUACUCUGAAUGCAACAGUCUCUGCCUGGAGUGUGUAAAAAAUAUCUGCAUCUGUAAAUAUUUAUUUGAAAUUAUAUUUAAGAUUGCCUUUCUGCCCAAAAAAUUAAAAAAAAAUGUGUU